AUGUCCAAAUUUUCGGUCUUUUAUGGAACCUUUGUAGAUACUCCGGCUUUGAGCCAAUUGAGGAUUCGUCCUAGAACUAGCAUAGGAGUAAGUGCCGAUGGAACCAUUCAAUUUAUCAAAGCAGAAUCACAAAACCCACUUCAAGAUGCCUUGGAAUUUGACCCAACUUUGAGAUCGUGGGAAAUCAAUGUGGUGGACACUUUUGACCAUCAGGGAACAACGUUUUUCUUUCCUGGGUUUAUCGAUACGCAUAUACAUGCUUCCCAAUAUCCAAAUGCGGGCAUUUUCGGUUCAUCGACUCUUCUUGACUGGCUUGAAACUUAUACUUUUCCACUGGAAGCAAACUUUAAAAACCUGGAUAGUGCAAGGGCAAUUUACUCCAAAGUCGUGGAUAAGACAUUGGCAAACGGAACAACCACUGCGUCCUACUACACAACCAUCGAUGCAGACUCUUCGAAUCUAAUGGCAGAUUUGUGUGCAAAGCGAGGCCAGAGAGCCUUUAUUGGGAAAGUGUGUAUGGACCAAAACUCACCAGAUUACUAUAUCGAGACUUUGCCAGAAUGCCAGCAUGCUACUCAAAAAGUUGUAAAUCACAUUCAAAAUGAGCUCAAGGAUGACAAAAUCAAACCCAUCUUAACCCCCAGAUUCGCUCCUACGUGCAGCAGCGAAAUGAUGACAUGGCUGGGUAACUUUGCCCAUGAGCAAGGCCUGCACAUUCAGACACAUCUUAGUGAAAACCGGAAGGAACUGGAUUGGGUCAAGGAACUGUUCCCUGAAUCGGAAUCGUAUACUGACGUGUAUGACUCUCAUCGCUUGUUGACGGAAAAAACAGUGCUGGCUCACUGCAUACAUUUGUCGGACAGCGAAUUGGAUUUGAUCAAAGCCAGGAAAUCAGGAGUUUCACACUGUCCUAUCUCGAAUUCCUCUAUUACAUCUGGUGAAUGUGAAGUGCGUCGGAUGCUGGAUCAAAAUAUCAAAGUUGGGCUAGGAACUGACGUUUCGGGAGGAUUUGAUCUGAGUAUACUCUCUACCGCAAAACAAGCAUUGUUAGUUUCAAGACACUUGGCCAUGAAGGAGUCUGAUCCGGAAACACAGGAACGUUUGAAACUUUCAGUUGACGAUGUGCUGUUUUUAUCCUCGCUGGGUGGGGCCCAAGUGCUGGAUCUAGAUAAAACUGUCGGCUCCUUUGAGGUUGGUAAGCAAUUCGAUACACAGUUGAUAGAUUUGAACGUGAAGGGUUCCAAAGUUGACGUAUUCGAUUGGCAAUAUGCCAAAUGGAGUGAAACCGACCGCGACGCUGAGAGUGAGACUCUUUUUAAAGAUCUUAUGGCCAAGUGGCUAUUUACAGGCGACGACAGGAACACUGUUCUUGUGUGGGUGGCUGGAAGACAGGUGUUUUCGAGCUUGGAUUAA